CUCCCUCAAUGUUGCUUCCAACAGGCUGACCGCUUCUGAUGAUAUGGCGUGUGGGUCGCUGAACCCGGACUAUCUUCCUAAUGUUGAGAAGUGUCUUGCUGGCGAGCUCCUCCUUCUUUCCUGGGACGAUCUCUUUGACGCGCUCUUUUCCCACGAUGACUCAAGGCGGGAUUUUGUAGCCAAGCUACUCUCUGGCAAUCACACUAAAGAAAUUUUGAAGUCUACGUUCCCCUCGUUUCCUCCGCCUUCAGCCUCUUCAAAAAGUGCCUUCGACUCCCGAAUUUCGGCGAUACCAAACUCUUCGGAUGGACAGUUCAAUCGCGAUGAGCUGAAGGAGGACGCUUUGUGGCUCAGCAAGCAGGUGAACCUCGAAGAACAGGAGGCUUUGCGGUUGGCAAUUUUAGAAUGGCAGUAUCGCUCUGAGUCGAGACUGCAUGAGGGGUUCUGCCAGGCUGAAGUCGCGAGUUUAAAAGACGCCCUUGGAUCAGAUUUUGUGGACAGGAAUUUUCAAGGGCGGGGGAGUGCACUCGCAAGAGACGAAGAGACCCUCAAUUCUAGAAAUGCGCGCCGAACACGCCUGAUUCGCAAGCAUUUGGAGCAAGAAGUCAUGCUCUUGCGCCUAGCAAAGGAACUUUUGGAUGUGAGCUUGUUGUCGGAUACGGAUGAGACAUCACCACCACAGCCCGGGAAGACAUUCGCCAACCUCGAACGACGUGAGAGAUCUGGCAUUGCCGAGGACUUCGAGAAUGGCGUCAAGUUUAUCCGAGCACAGCUACAGAAUCUCGAAUCCGGUCGUUCCUGGGAGUUAGAUGAGCCCGGUCUGAGUCUUCUCAAAGAUGUGGGGGAUACUGCAAGUCUCCGAAUAAUUGGUGUGAUCCUGGAAAUCCUGUUACUGAGGCUGCGGGCCUCAGACGAGAAACCACCCUCGGACACGGUUCUCCUUUGGCUCCAGCUCAUGUCCUCGGUCGGGUUUUUCGCCUCUUUCAGCUCGGAAAUUGAUACCCAACUUGCAGCCAUUCAGAAAAUACAGUCAACAGCAUCUCUGGUAUCGUUGUCUCUCCUCAACCUUGGCUCCACUGUCGCCAUUUUGAAUAAAACUGCAUCAUCUGGCCAAACUGUUCGGCACGGCUCGCGAGGAGAGUAUUUCUUUGACCUCGACUGUGCCUUUCAAAUACAUGAGCUGCUUGUCAAUGAAGCCGCGACUGGGAAUAUACAAGCUGGUCCUGCGAUCUUAGCAUGGGCAAUCGUGGUUCACCAGAUCAAACAACUGGGUAUCGCCAUCAAGGAAAACAGAGAGAGCCAUCAUGUUCAAAGGACGAUUGACGGAAUCGCAACAUUUGAUGCAGCAACUGGCCGCCGAAGUUCUGCUGGUAGUGGCUCUUCCUUUCAACAGACGAUCUUUGAAGAUCUUCUGGAUAGAUUCAGUACACUCAACUCGAGCGAAGAUCCAGCGGUCAUUUUACUCGACGCUGCCAUUGAUCGAUGCCGCAUCGUUGACUAUAUUACACUACUCACUGCAUCGGCCGGCAUUCCCUCGAAAACAUUGGCUAUUUACAAAUUCCAAGUUAUACAAGAACUUAUUGCCGUAUCGCAGUCGUUCUUAGGAUACACCCCCGAGUUGGUAUCAAUGCAGCUCGCCUUAUUGUCAGCGAAUCGGGACUGCUCUUACGAGAAGAAAGUCUAUGAUCCGGCAACGGAGUUCAUCGAGGACAACCUUCUCAUGGACGGCUUCUUCGACACUUCGGCCGCCAGGUUUCCAUACGAGUGUUUGCCGUUUCUGCGUUUCUGUCGGGCAUUGGCCAAGGCUCCUGUCUUUAGUGAGGAUGGGACGCAAUACGUCGAAUUUCGCCUUCGGAAACUCGUAUCCUUUACGCAAGCCGCAGUCAAAGGCAUUGAUUACAGGACUACCCUUGAGGACGAAGCUGGCAGCUUUGUGGCUCUCAAUAAAUCAGUCAAUGUACUGGAUCUCUCACAGAGCAAGCUGCUGACCUACGCAUACCAGGACUCAGAGACUACGUCGAUCAUCCCAGCUGGCGCAAUUGGUGAACUUAUCUCUGACCCAGAUGCAUCUCCGAAGAUCAUCAGAUGGCAAUAUGAGUUCUCGGGUCUGGCGUACAUGGGGCAGUUACUGGAGCUGCGUUACAUGGGAUUGCUCGUCACUGCCUUGACGCCAUUUGAAGACCCUGAAGCGGUAGUUUCAGAGAUCAUUGGUGUUCUGGUAACGCUCUUAUCGACCAUUCUGACCAGCACUUCUUAUGGUCACUCUGCUGACCAAAUGGAGCAACAUUGCGCCUCGAUUUUGGACGAAGCCAGCAGCAAUCUCUCUCCGGAGACAGAUGUAGUCGUGUACAUCUUUGAUAUACUCGAACAAGAGCUGCAAGCGUUCCGCCGUCGGUCUGCAUCGGUAUUUGAUUGUCGAGUCAUGACAUCUUGCAUACAUUUCGUUUAUGUCCUUACGAAAAUCAAGCCACAUCUGAUAUGGUCCAAUCUCAGUCGAACGAGUCUUCUUGGUCAUCAUUCAGCUUCUUCACCGAUCCUCAGCAUUGUCACUGUAGUGGAAGCACCGCUGCGGAACUUCGACUUCUUGGAGAAGUGCACGGAUUUGUACCAAUCACUGAUCAAAUUGGCACUCAGAGAUUCUGGUCAUGGCCUUUCAUCAACCAACGAAACCUCCGUGCGGAACCCAACGGUAUCCGUGGCGUGGCGUAUUCAGAGUAAGAUGCUAUCAGCCACGACGGAGAUUAUGUUCCAAGUCUUCCAAGAGAUCUCAGAUUGGUCAUUUCAAGAACCCGCUCAGCAGAUCCGUAUCAGCACGUCAAUUGCUGAUUCAUUUUACGAUAUCAUUCGCUACGCUUUUGACUACGGCCCGUCGAUAGGUUCUUCCAACCAGCUGACAAUGCCUUUUAUUGGAGCGGCGAAAUAUCUUGUGGCUUCUUUUCGAUCGACAGGUCCAGAAGAUGCUGCGAUCAGCCCGAUCACACGCCUCGCUUUCAUAGCGAGCACAACUGACAGAACUGUGUUAGACGUUGAAGGGUUCUUUGAUCGGCACGUAAGCGCGGUAUUAUCGUUGGCAUCGCUGCUUGUUCGAUAUGGCCAAUUACAAGACCUCCCAUUGUCAGUGCUCGAAAAGCAUAUCUUUGAUGCAGUGCCUUGCACUGUUCGGAUGCUUCAAGCUCCAUCUUCCGUCCGCAAACCUUGUCUGAGGUUGUUGCGCUCCACCUUGGGAUAUGUGGAGCGAUAUCAGGCCUCAUCUUUGUUGGGCCAUCUAGGGUCGUUGUCAUGUAUCGACUUCGUCAAUCUUGUUCGUCACCUUGACCAGAAGUCUGAAUCUCCAGAGGAACGUGCUGAACUCUGGAAACUGCUUACUCUGUUAGUCAAGGAUUCUCAGCAAUGGCUGGCGAUGGUCAUCUUGACUGGCGCUGCUCCGGACAACUCCAAACGUGUGAAGUCAGGGGAAGUCCCUAGAAAGUGCGUUCCCGGUCCGACAUUCCUUCAGUCUGCCAUGAAAGAGAUGAAAGAUAUCUCAACUCUUCCUCGAAUCGUUUUGAGGGCGAUCCUGGAUUUUGCUCUGGAGGCGCAGCAAAAUUGGUCCUGGGUAACAAAGGAUCUCUCCUCCAACGAAUUCUUCUCUACGAUCGUCUCGUUUGUGACCAGAUUUGAUCCCAAGCACCAUAACGAAACCGAUGUUGCGCAGCAAAAUUUGAUUGCCGCUGGUGUCACCGAUAUUGCGACAACUCAUCUUCAUCAUGCUAAAGUUGCGAGAGACUUCAAUGCCGUCAAGAUCUUCAUACCAUUGGUAAACUGGCUCACAUCAAACGCUGUCGAAGUUUCCAGCUAUAAUUCCUCACUGCACGCCAAUCUGCGUCGAAAUUUUGCAGCCAAGUAUAAUGGAUUGGUAGUUUCCGACGUCAAACGCACGAGGCUGACUGAACGAGAAUACGGGUUGAACUUCUUCUACGAUCUCCAAUACGCCGGCGAGUUGUUGGGCAAAGACUCAUACUGGCAGGGUGGGCGAGGGACACCUAGCAGCCAGUCAUUCUCAGCAGAAUUCAGACGAGCGAACACGAAUCUAUCAGCCGUGGAUUCGGAGCUGGCCCUGCUUUCGAGCCUACAGCGGUUUUGUGUUGACCAUUGCAGAUUCUUCGUUCAGGAUCGCGAGGUUCAGAAGGCGAUGGCACAAAUUAUCCGAAAGGCUCUAAAAGCAAAUUGUCAGGUUUAUCCGUCUGAAGUGCUUUUCGAGUCACUAUUUCAAACGAGGGCGGACCUGUCGAUGGUCCUCCUGCGCGAACUUGUUGCUUUUGGCGUUAAGGGUUCAGACUUUGUAGGACUGUUGGAACCUGCUUGGGAUGCCGUCAGAUUCAGAAAUGGGUCCUAUGAGCAAGCUAUCAUCAACAACGACCUCACAUAUUGGCGAUCGACCCUUUCCAUUUUGCUCCUCACCAUCCAGUUUCACGUCAAGAAAAAGCGGAAGCCGACCAUGAUCCCCGGCAGCUCCACGGCUGUUAUUACCCAGGAUCAUGAAAAUGUAACAUUCCUCGAAAUCACGACCAUGGUCGUGGUGGAAGGGUUCAAAUCUGCUAUUCUGGCCCUUCAGGACCAAAAAGAAAGGAAGCUGAAGACUGAUGACGACGAGGAAGACGACCUUAUCGGACCACGCGACAUUUUACUCUUGUUGACAUUGAUGCAGACUAUUCUCAGACUGCCCACGCUCUCUCAAUUCGCCGUGGAAUUGUCUGACCGACUGUCUUCCUCCGGUAUCAUCUCGGUCGGCCUUUUGCUUUAUUCAUGGUCACACGUCCUCACCAGACCAGAAGGUGGCACUCUACCUCGCUACGCUGAAUACGGUGUCCAAUUCUUGGCUUCUAUUUCAUCCCUAUCGUCGGUUGCGGAAGAGCUUGCCGUGGAAGGCGUCCUCGGUCGCCUCCUUUCCUCUAAGACGACUGAGUCGCUUCAGAGUGUUCCAGGAGGCGCCUCCCAUACCGAUACUCGACCCAACUGCGGAUAUCUCUACCGUUUGUGGGCGAAGGGAUUCCUCCCACUUUGCCUCAAUCUCCUCCACGCCGUCGGAGGCGCUAUUGUACCGGAAGUAUCUGCUUUCCUCAAUCGAUUCCCUAACCAACUUGUUCGUGCAAGCACGAGUCUAAUGCUUACGCCGCCAGCGGCCUAUAAUGGGACCUACAUAUUGACCCUGACCAUGACGAAUGAGGCUGCGACUCUAGCCCUUAUCUCGCGCAUACUCUCUUCAUUCCGGGAUGCUGGCGCGUCUGCCGCGGUGGAUCCCACAACUGUAUUGCCAUUGAAGGGCUACGACGAGCAUAGGAAAGCGAUAGCUGAAGACUUGCGUGACGCACUUGCAAUGAAGGAAGAGGCAAGGCGAAAGCUGACCGUCCCGACUGACGAAAAAGAGGUCAACUGGCAAAACGCAAAGGACGGAAACAUACUGGAUGCAAAGAUUGUGCAGGAGCUGAAGAUGGCUCUCGCAGCAUUGAGCACGGAUGAGGACCAGGACGAGAACUGACUUCUCCUUGCACCGCGCGCUGUAUUCCUGGCGGUGAUUUUCGGCAGGCAGGGACUUUGUAAUUGUACGGGUAUCACGAAAGAAAAAUCAUGAGCGACGGAUUUGAAUCGCGCAUCUGUGUUUACGUUCAGCCUCUGUAAUUCCAGCAAACUUCCGCCACGUGGGCGACAAAGCGCCCAAC